CGGUGCACGCUGGGAGCGCGGAGGCGGCGGCGCCAGGAGGGACCGUGGCGGCCAUUUUGUGUCUGCCUCGCUCAGCUCAGUGGAGAGGUUGUUGUGGGCGUUGCGGCUCAGGAGGGAAGAGCUUGGCCGUUUCCUUUCCGUGUAGGUCGGGGGCGCCGCCACCAUGGGCCGUAAGAAGAAGAAGCAGCUGAAGCCUUGGUGCUGGUACUGUAACAGGGAUUUUGAUGAUGAAAAAAUCCUUAUACAGCAUCAAAAAGCAAAGCACUUUAAAUGCCAUAUAUGUCAUAAGAAACUGUAUACAGGACCUGGUUUAGCUAUACAUUGCAUGCAGGUACAUAAAGAAACAAUAGAUGCUGUUCCAAAUGCUAUUCCUGGAAGAACAGACAUUGAACUGGAAAUCUAUGGCAUGGAGGGCAUUCCAGAAAAAGAUAUGGAGGAACGAAGGAGGUUACUUGAACAAAAAACUCAGGCAGAGAGCCAGAAAAAGAAGCAACAGGAUGAUUCUGAUGAGUAUGAAGAUGAUGAAUCUGCAGCUUCAACUUCAUUUCAACCCCAGCAAGUUCAGCCGCAGCAGGGGUACAUUCCCCCGAUGGCGCAACCAGGUUUGCCUCCUGUGCCAGGUGCACCAGGGAUGCCUCCAGGUAUACCACCAUUAAUGGCAGGUGUUCCACCUAUGAUGCCUGGAAUGCCUCCAGUUAUGCCUGGAAUGCCACCUGGGAUGAUGCCGAUGGGUGGAAUGAUGCCUCCUGGGCCAGGAAUACCACCUCUUAUGCCUGGUAUGCCACCAGGUAUGCCACCGCCUGUUGGUCCUCGUCCUGGGAUGCCUCCAAUGACACAAGCACAGCCUGUUACAGCGCCGGGCAUUCUUAACAGGCCUCCAGCUCCGGCUGCAUCGGCACCUACCCCCCAGCCUCCAGUUACUAAACCACUCUUCCCAAGUGCAGGGCAGAUGGGGACACCUGUCACAAGCUCAAGUGCAGCUUCCUCCAAUUCAGAAAGUCUGUCAGCAUCUUCUAACGCUCUGUUUCCUAGCACAGCACAAGCUGCAGCAGCUGUUCCAGGUCCAGUUGGUACUGAUUUUAAACCUUUGAAUUCUACACCUGCAACAACAACAGAACCUCCAAAACCUACAUUCCCUGCUUACACGCAGUCUACAGCCUCAACCACUAGCACAACAAACAGUACUGCAGCUAAACCAGCUACAUCUAUAACAAGUAAGCCAGCUACACUCACAACAACCAGUGCAACCAGUAAGUUGAUCCAUCCAGAUGAGGAUAUAUCACUGGAAGAGAGAAGGGCACAGUUGCCUAAAUAUCAGCGUAAUCUUCCUCGACCAGGACAGGCUUCCUUGGGUAAUCCACCAGUUGGACCAAUUGGAGGUAUGAUGCCACCACAGCCAGGAAUUCCUCCACAACAACAAGGAAUGAGACCUCCCAUGCCACCUCAUGGUCAGUAUGGUGCUCAUCACCAAGGCAUGCCAGGAUAUCUUCCUGGAGCGAUGCCGCCAUACGGUCAGGGACCUCCAAUGGUGCCCCCUUACCAAAGUGGACCUCCUCGACCUCCAAUGGGAAUGAGACCUCCUGUAAUGUCGCAAGGUGGCCGCUACUGAUGCUACUACACACGCUCUAAUAGGUUUGGAGAUUAAACCUUUUCUCAUCUUGUGCUGUUAAUAUAGCCGAGCUUCCGUCAAUUAAGGCUUCAUUGUGACUUUAAAAAAAAAAAGUAUCUUCCCACAUGCAAGGAGCUAUUGGACAUUCUUAUUUUACAUGGGAAAAAUUAUUUGGAAUAAUAACAGGAACUUUUCCUGAUGUUGCAAUUUAUACUGUAUGGCUUCUUUUUCAUGUUUCAUCUAGGUUUUUAGAAGUGAAGUAUAGUAAAUAUGGUUCGUUAAAUUGUGAAGGCGCUGGAAUUACAUGAACAUACCACCUUAAAGGCAAGUUCUGUAACAUUAUGUUGCUAUUUGUGAAAUGAUGCCUUCACAGCACUUCAAGUGCUGUUGGACUUCAUGUCCCCAACAUAGUUUGGUGAGGGCUGUAACUGUUCCCAACUACUUGUACAUUAAAGUCUGAACUUGUAACAAUAUUUAAUGUAUUUAGAGUUCCUCCUGUUUCAGGGUUUAAGUAAACUGACCCACUAAGGUCGUGUGACUUUUCUGUACUGUUAUAAACCUCAUUGUAAUAAAAGAAGAGAAAAAUUUAUAUGCCUUUUUAUUCAUGACCAGCUGUGGACAACUGCCUGAAAGGUUUGUACAGAUGCAUGCCAUGGUAGCUGUUGGUGUAAUGAGCACAAUUAUUGGUGCUGUUGUGAUAAAAUCUGAAUUCCUUGUUCUAAAAUUAAGUCACUCCUUAGCUGCACAUCUGAGUAGACAAAGACCUGUACACUUAUUAACUGACUCCUCAAAAAUGAGGCUGCAGGAGGCACAUCUUAACUCUUGGUUGUAACUUCUCUUAAUGCAUAUGUUUCUUUAUUUGUGCUUUCUUGUCCUCAAGAAAUUUUAAAUUAUUUCUAGUCCUGGCACUUACUUGUAGGGUGUAAAAGUGAUUGCUCUAAGAUGCAUCCUGGUGCCAGAUGUAUCCUGUUAGUUCGUUCUUUGACUGACUCUCUUUAAUUUGCAAAUGCGUAUGAAUUUCAGGAGCCUUUUAGAUGAAGAUUUCUAGAAGCUUAGGUGCAUGUCACAUGGUGAGUGACUUCCAGUUGAUGCUGUAUUGAAGUUGACCUGCAAAAGAGAAAAAGUAGCUUGACUUUCUUCUCAGUGUAUAAAAGAGACAAGAGGGGCAAGAGUAGUAUGUUAUGUGCUGUAUUUUUACUUUAAAUGUUCAGAAUUUUGGAUCUCAACAGAGUCUAAAAGAUAAACCAUUCAUUAUGUGCUAUGAUCAAAUGUUGGCUGAGUUUCAUGAGCCAUUUAAUGAAAGUGUCUAGAGUAAGAGACCUUUUUAUGAGGUCUCCUAACUACGGUUACUGAAGAGAGGUCUUCCCUGUAUGAAUUAGUCGUUCAUCUGUUUAUAAGAGUAGAGUGAUAAAUCACUGCCAAGGUCAUAAUUCUCUGAAUGUCUAACAUCACUGUGUUAGUGUGCUAUAUUUCUGAUGAGAAUGAAAAUGUAGAGGGAGACUUUUUGGAGGGAAGGGAAGCGAGAGUUUCUGUCGUCUCUUCACAACAUGGCAAAAAAGGAGUGGUGAAUUUUUCAUUUGCAGGUCAACUUUAAAUACAUGUUCCAGCCUCAAGCCUUGUCUGUGCAAUUCAGUUUAUGAGGAUAUCCCUUCAUUUAGGGUAGGUUAGAAGGAUUUAUCAGCAUUUUUGUGUUCGUUUAUGUUCCACAGAUGUCUUUGUAGAUGGCGGAGUUUUUUUUCACUUGAUUAUAAUACUGAGGAUUUUGGCUCUUUUUCUUGAAAGUCUUGGGGUUUUUUACCUGCAUUUAAGUACUUUGUGAUUUUACUCUGUACUGUCUCUUAAUAGUCCAGAAAUACAGUACAGUUAAAAUACUACAUUGUGUCUCAGCUUCAAACUUGGGGUCAUGGAAUAGCUGAUAAAAGCACUGGAGCGUCCAGUAUACACUAAUUGCAGCUGAAUGGCCUUAGUUUAACCAUUAAGAAUUGUCAGACACUUCUGCUGAAGUGUUUAGCGGUUUAUAGACCAUAACUCCAAGCCUCUGUUGAGAAGCAGUUCUCUCUGAUCACUGGUACCUGCUGAUCACCUGUCAGAUGUGCAGUAUUUGGCUUGCAAAUGUGCUGAGUGGGCCUUGAUGUCAGAUCUUUUGUUAGCUCUUCAUCUUGCUUUAUACAUAACAGAUAAAACUGUUUUGCUUGGGCAGUGCUUUUAUACUCUGGUUUUCUUCUGUUUAUCUAAUAAGGAUAAUUACAAAACACUGGAGAGUUUUACACUGUCUUACAUUCAGCCUUUUUGUAAUAGUGUACAUAAAAUUAAUACAUUAUAAAUUGAUCUUAACUUCUGCUUUUAAAACUGUAGAACUUCUUGCUUUUUCUGAAGAUCAUAUUGCUGCUGCAAGGAUGCUUUGCCCUCCUGCCCCUAGUAAAGUAAAUACCUCCUCCCUUUGGUGUCUUUCUGUAACUCAUUGGUAUGUUGUUUUCGGACCCCUACUUUUCCUGGGAUAAAUACCUGAAAGUCUUACUGCAUGUACUGUUAACUCAGCAUAUUCUGCGAGUUGUAUUAAUUAAGGGUUUCCCUCCUAAAUAGUGAAUGUCUCAUUCCAAUAAUAGUGCUGUUUUGUAGCUAAUACUACAUAGACUUGUAGCUUGGACACGUUUUAAGAUUGAACUUUCCUUAGUAGUAAUGUUAUGAUAAUCCCUGAACUGAGUACUGCCACAUAAUGUUCUUACAGUACUCUAAUAAUCUUCAGCAAGCAGGUGAACAAUUUUUCCAUGAUUUUUCACGUAGAUACUUACAUUCCUGCUCCUGUCAUUUCUGUGCUGUAAGAGCUGCGAUGUGGCUAUCUAGUUACUCUUGUGUCUCUUGUGUGUACUCUUCUGUAAACAGGCGGGUAAUUCAGUGCAUAUGUUGUCUGUUGGUCCUUGCCUUCAUUUCUUUGGAUACUGCUUCUUAAUGUUCAGAGAGUUGGAUUUAUGGUGCAUUUUCCCAAAAGGGGGAGAAGUACUUUGAAUGGGAUAAUUGCUCGUAUAAAGACUAAGGCUUGGUUUACAGUACAAAGUUUAAUCAACAUAGUUGUGCCAGCAAAAUCCCUACUGUAACACAGCCAUGCAGACAGUUUUAUCGCUUUAAUCUCUUCUUGGAAAGAGAUUGCAGAAGCUUUUAUGAUUACAGAAAAGCAUCUCUUUUAUACCUGUUGCAGGACUCUGGGGAUAUAAUUACACAGGCAGAAACCUUGUUUUUCAGUUGUUGCCUGAAUUUGCCAUGGCAGAUCUUAACAGUAAAAUGGAAACUUGCAAGUGGAUUUUGAGCAAUCUUUACGUUGUAAUGUAAUGCAAAUAUUGAAUAAUAAAAAAAAAAAGGUUGCAAGAAAAUACUCAGACACAGGUGGGAACAUACAUUUAGCAAGAUAAUUAGAUCUUAUGGCAUCUAGGACUUGUUUGAAAGGUUCUAAAUUAUUUUAUGCAUGGUCUCUCAACAUCAUUAUGAGAUGCUGAUGUCACAUCUGAUUUUUAGAGCAAAAAGUAUGACACUGGCAUGAAAGAACCUUGGAAAAGCCCGGGCUACUUCUUCAGAAGUCUUGAUAUGACUGUUUCAUGCUGCCUUUAGAAUAUCUUUCUGCCUUCGGCAGAGGCUGCUUUAAAUCUUGAAAAUUUAUCCGUCUUACGUAGACUAAAAAAUUUUUCUGGAACUUUUGGAUUUUUUUUUUAUUUAUUCUUCCCCAGAUGAGCUUUUUAGGUGCUGAUAAUAAAUUUGAGGCUGGGAUAUAUAUCUGAUAAUUUCAGUGGAUAACUAUUCCUCACUUUGUGCAUGCAUGGGAGUAUAUAAACAAGCUUCUAGAAACGUGUUCAGCUGCAUCUGCCUUCUAUGGUUUCCGCAAUUAUUUUAGCGUAUGGAGCUCUUCAACAGUAUUUACAUGGAACUAUAUAGCUUAUUUUCUUAAAACUUGGAUAAAUUGAAUGGAAUACACAACCUGCAGUUAUUUUAUAGGAAUCAGAAUUCUGCACACAAGAUAAAAAAAUGAAAUAUCAAGACUACUUCGGUUUUAUAAACGGCAAGAAGGGCAUUAUGACUCUUCAGUUAAAUUGAGACUCUGAUAUACCAGUCCAUGAGCUGGGGCUACAAUUUAAAAUGGUAACUAAUGACACUUAAAAAUAACAGUAAAUGUCUUAAUAAUUGUACUGGUCUAGCUUCUACGUAAAUACUAAGGUGAGGGUGAAUAUUUUUCAGUGGCUGAUGGAAUCUUUAACCGUACUUUUUGUGAACUAGUACAGUAAAUACUAUCAGUUAUGGGAAAAAUGCCCCAAGACAACUGUUCCAUUGAUCAAGAUACAAAGCAAAACAAACUGUCCAAUUCAGAAAUACCUACCAACUGUAAAAAGUUUUGUUUGGGCCUAGCGAAAUAGGUGCUAUAGCAGUCUUUUUCUUUUGUUUGCUUGAUCACUGGAAUUUUGUUAACUUUGAAUGCAUGUCUUUCACUUAAUUGGGUCAUGUUUUUUCUAAAAUUUAAAUUUUUCU